CCGAAGACUAGUUAACAGUAACACCUUAAGGGGAUUCUGCCAUUCCACUGAGUCCACGGUUGGCGAUUGAUGGAUUUAGACCUUCUGUGACGUAAGCCAAAAACCCUUAAACGCUAAACCCUUUCAUUCCCAAACUCAGUGAGUCAGUUCGUUCGAUUCUUUGCAAAACCCUAGCCUCUAGGGGUUCCAAAAUCCCCCCUACUAGGCACCGCAAUGGCUGAGCGGAAUGAAUCACAAGACAACAGAGAACUCUAUGCACUUCUCAACUUGUCUCCGGAUGCUUCCGAUGAAGAAAUCCGCAGAGCAUAUCGUCAAUGGGCGCAAGCUUAUCACCCCGAUAAGUACCAAGCUCCUCACAUGAAGGAUAUUGCCACGGAGAACUUUCAACGCAUACGUGAAGCUUACGAGAUUCUGUCAGAUCCACAUAAGAGACAAAUAUAUGAUAUCUAUGGAAUGGAAGGUUUGACUUCUGGUUUGGAGCUUGGUUCAACGCUCAAUGGAGCUGAAGUGAUCAAGGCAGAGCUAGAGAGAUUAAAGAGGAUGAAGGAAAGGGAAAAAUUGGCGGCGCAUUUUCUACCUUCUGGUACAAUUAUAGCCAAUAUGUCUUUGCCGCGCUAUUUAGACGGUGAUGGCCUCCUCGUAGGAAUGGCUAUGACAAGUGAAAUCCAGUCUCACUUAUCCAAGCGCAAUGCUUUUACAAUUGGUGGUAAUUUAGCAGUGAACGGAGGUGAAGGCGGUGGAGCUGCGAAUGCUCUAUUUAGGCAUCAACUUUCAAAAGAUUCGUCAGUAGAGUUUGUGGCUUCAGUUGGUUUGCGUGCACUAAUUGGCGUGCAAACAACUCGUAAUUUGUCAUCACACUCAACAGCAACAAUGGGCGUAGCAAUGUCUUUGAGAGAUGGUUCAUUGAAUCUUUCAAAUUUGUGGACCCGCCAACUGUCAGAAACAGCAAGUGGACAUAUAGAGCUUAAUUUGGGACAGCAAUCAUCUAUAGCUGUUGGGUGGCAAAAGAAAGAUGAGAGAAGGUCUGCCUCUGGAGAAUUAAAGUUUGGCACAGGUUUGUUUGAAGCAGCAGUUCAUUGUACACAUCGUUUUUCUCGUAAAUCUCUUGGUUGCAUUGCGGGAAGAGUUGGGAGUUCUUCCCUCGAGAUUGAAGUUGGUGGUGGUAGGAAGUUAUCCAAGUUCAGCUCAGUACGGUGGUUGUAUGUAAUAGGAAUUCAGGGUAUUUCCUGGAAAUUUGAACUCUAUCGUGGGGGUCAGAAGAUAAUUCUUCCAAUUUUGCUGACAAGGCAUCUUAACCCUGUGUUUGCUACUGGAGCAUUUUUCAUUCCUGCAUCUCUUUACUUUUGUCUAAAGAAGUUUCUUAUUAAACCUUAUUACCUUAGAAGGAGUAAGCAGAAGGCUCUGGAGGAGGAGAAGGAAAGUUCUGCUCAGGUUAAGGAAGCAUGGGCUGCAGCAGAGAAAGCACAGAAAUUACAACAAAAUGUGGCUAAUAGGAAAAGAAACAGGCAAUUAGAAACAGGUGGACUGGUUAUUACGAGAGCACUAUAUGGAAAUCAGAUAGUUUUGAGCAACUUAAAGUCAUCAAGUGAAACAAGUUUUGAAUCAACUUCUGAUGUCAUUGAUGUUACGAUACCUCUGAAUUUUCUUGUUAAUGAUUCUGGCCAACUCAAGCUUCAUGAAGGUGUGAAAAAAUCAGGAAUUAUGGGUUUUUGUGAUCCAUGUCCAGGAAGACCUAAAGAGUUGUAUGUAGAGUACGUUUAUGCUGGCAAUCAAUUCAAGGUUUGGGUUGGUGAUUAUGAAGAAUUACAAAUCCCUAAGGGCAGCCACAGGAUAUAAAGGGUUAUCAUUAACACAUCAAUAUUCCAUUGUAACUUUUUGCAGUUUUGCCUGUUUUACAUGUUUCAGGUCUAGAAUAUUACACUGUCAGAUGGAAAUAGAAGAGGUACCUUUUACAAUUUUUGGGCCAGUGGUACCGUCGAUUAUUUUUUAAAUCUUUUCUUUUUCUCAUAAUUACUACCCCCAAAAUGUAUGAAAUAAGGACAACUCUGCUGCCGGUGGAUACCAAUUUUGGUUGGUUUGUCAUAAUCCUUUUAUUGUUGAUUCGUUAUCCAUUCACAUAAAGCUUCUAUCAGUGCAAAGGCUACUUUAUAUGGCAAUGACAUAUGGGAACAAAAUUAGGAGUUUGUGUGAUGAUAAUA